UCGCCGUAAAGUGAAGCUGUCAGAAAACUUGUCACCGGAUAAACCAUUGCUCUCCAGAAUUCUCAGGGUGUCCUCCAAAAAUGAGCAGGAUUGUUGGCCUCCUACGGCGAACCUUUGGAAUAGUACGUGAAUACGUCGGGACAGAUCACUUUGGGAAUAAAUAUUACUCUAUUCCUGAACAGAAGACGUGGACAGGGAGGCAGGUCCGUGCCAAGCGGAUGGUGGAGGCAGCCAAUCCUGCAGAGUAUGAAUAUUUGGAGGGCAACAUUCCGAUAGAGUGGGAAGCUUGGAUCCGAGGCAGACGGAAGGAGCCUCCCUCCAUCGAGGAGCUGAUGACGAAUGAGUCCCAGAGGAACGAGAUCAAGCUGAAGGCGAUGGAGCUGGAGGAGAAAGAUCUGGCACUACAGGCUAAAGAGCACGAGGAAGGCCUGGUGGCGACUCCUGCGAGGACUGUGGCCAAGGGCCACGCGUCCGCCGCCGUCUUUGGCAAGGAGGAGCUCAGUGAGGAGCCAACUAGCACUGCGAACAAGUUCCAGCCCGGUUCCUGGAUGCCCACCUCAAAGAAAUAGCUGGAGACCUCCACAGAGACUGAGACAUGAGACAGUGCAAAGUAAAAUACAGUCCACAACGUUAGCAGCGAGGGCUUUGCUUAGGAUAUCAAAUUGAACACUUUAACUAAAUAUAGAACUGAUCUGUUUUUAAGUUUAAAGAAAGCCUGAAAUAAAUGAGUGUGAUUUUUCUUUAAAAGGUCCAACUGGUUGAUAGAAUCAGUCAUUCUGUCAGACUUUAUUUACAGAGCACUUUUCUUACACUCAGGUGUAACACAAUGAUUUAUAAAUGUUAAAAACGGAAAGAAGGGACAGCGAACCACAACAGACGCAAUGAGAUUUAUCAAAGUGAUCAAAUCAGGGUAAGUGCAGUUGUAUUAUAUUGGUAAAUCUGAUUUAAACAAAUGGUCUCCAUGUUUCUACUACCAAAACGUACAAUAAUAUCUCAUUAUAAUUUCAUAAGCAAUCCUUUCCUUCAUUCCAACAGAUUUCUGUCAAAAUUCAACAGAGAAUCAGAUUGGGGGGAAAAAAAAUUGCAGUUGGAGAUGUAUUAUUUUAUAAAUGUUGCCUAAAGAUACAAAAAUAAAAUUUGCCAACUUAAAAAUUGACAGAUUCACACCUCUGCUGUUUUGGUUUCUAAAGACAAGUGCAAGAAAUAAUUA